UUGUGUUGUUUAGGGUUAUUCUCGUCACUAUAAGGUUUAACACCAAAAAUCUAAAGAAACAACAGAUAUUACUGAUGAGUAUGAGAAAAUGAAUGAACAUAAUUUAAACUGAGUACUCGAACAAUCAGUCGCCAUGGGACAUUCUGGCAAUCUUUCCCGUAUGGUGGAACAUUUUUUUCGUUCUGAAGGAAAAACUUCAGAACUGCACCAACAGGACAGAAAAUCUGAUGCGUUUCCUGUCUCAUUUUAUAAGGUUAUUUUGAACAAUUUUAAUUAACCAUUUAUUACUUAUGGGAUCUCUUCCUCCUGUGGACAGUUUUCCAAACUCUUCUUGUGUUCAGCUGAAAUGGCAGUGAAGUCUGGUGUCUUAGCUCUAUUAUAUUCGCUGUUCUUGAUGUCAGAUGCAGAGUCUUGCCCUAACCAAAAUUUAACAGACUGGGCCGGUUCAUUUCAGCCUUCAAGCUACCCAUCGAAGUACGCACCAAAUUUGGACUGCUAUUGGCUGAUUCAAGUGUCAGAUGGAAAUCUUAUUGAAAUCAACUUUCAAGAUUUUGCGAUGGACGGUGAUACGGUGGAUAAUUGCCCUAAUGACUAUGUGGAGGUUCUGGAAGGUUCUUAUGGAAGCACCGAUUCUAUAAAGCGUGUUUGUGGCGCGAAUCUACCAUUUGAAGAUGAGUAUCGCGUGGUUCGAUCAAAAGGUAGCUCUCUUCUCGUGCACAUGCACACAGACGAUGCCAACCAAAACCGAGGAUUUGCAGCAAACCAUCAAGGUGAGUAAAACUUGAUCUUCAACACUCUUGUUUUAUUUCCCUGGAUACUUACUUACCCUGGCAUCGACGGCUGAGUUGGUUUACUUUGCUUUGCAAGCUUUACUUUACGUUAAUUAGCGUUAUUUUGUUUUGUUUUGCUUUAAACCUUCCUUCUUUGGUAUAAAGCCUUCACUGCUAGACCAACCCACCCCGUCGAAUACGUGAUUUUGCCCGCGAGAAAUUAUGAUUUAAAAUAACUUGGAAUUGUUCUGACUGGAGCUGAUGAUUCUUAAAUAGAGAAAGAAGGCAUGUGGCCAAUUAAAAGAAAUUGCAACAGGAUUUCACGAAAAAAAAAUUAUUUACUUUGAAUAUUAUCAAAAUUAUCAGCCUAGCUGUGCCAUGUGAAGUUUUAACAAGAAACUGAUUUUCCGACAAAAGAUCUUUCCCACUGCUGAGUCAACAUGACCGUAAUGCUGUUGUUGAGCAAUAAAUGUUCAUGUUUGGAGAUAGUUAAUCGUAAAUUAUCGAGGAACUGCGAUAAUUUUGUUUUCUCUAUCCCUGGUACCAUGCUUAAAUCGACGAGAGAUAAGUAAUAUAUAUGCGUUUGUUUAUCCAGGUAUUUGUAAAGUGACAUUUUCGACAGUGUCAGGAACCGUCAUGUCUCCAAAUCAUCCUGACAAAUAUCCAAACAGUGUGAUGUGCGAGUGGAUCAUUGAUCUGG